UUUCAUAAUUCUCUCUUUUCUCUUCUCCCUUUCAUCCAUAACAAUCACCAUAACCGUAACCGUUCUUAUUCAUUAACAAACCCAGACCCAAACCUAAUCUCUCUCUCUCUCUCUUACACACUCUCUCUCUUUCUCUCUCUCUUCUUUAUUUACUGUCUCUCUUUCUCUUCAAUGCUCAACAACAACGCCAUUGAGAUAUUAUUCUUCAUCUUCUGCUGCUACUACGAGAGUUUUGCAGCUCCGUGACUGUCCUUUUUCGUUUUGAGAUCUCACCGUCGUUGUCGCUUUCUUCGCUUCGAACCUCAACAAUGGGAAGCAAAUGGAGAAAGGUGAAGCUUGCCAUAGGCAUCAAUUUGUGCAUUCACGUUCCCAGAACUACGGAUCGUUCUUCCUCUUCCUCCGCCAUCGAAUCGCCCUUUUCCUCCGCCGCAUUCUCUGACGGUGUCUCUCCGUCUUCCGGCCGCCGUCCCACCACUCCGACGCCGUCCUCCUCCGGGUUACGAUUGUCCAAAUCCGGAUCUAAAUCGAAGUCGUUUUUGCCCAAGGAAACAUGUGCAAUAUGCCUGAAGUCAAUGAAGCCAGGACAGGGGCAUGCCAUUUUUACCGCAGAAUGUACUCACACUUUCCAUUUCCACUGCAUCACAUCCAAUGUUAAGCAUGGAAACCAAAUUUGCCCUAUCUGCAGGGCAAACUGGAAGGAGGUUCCUUUCCAAAGCCCUUCUUCCAAUGUCUCCCGCAACGUUCCUCGACUGAACCGAGUAAGUUUACCUCGAGAUGAUGCUUGGACAACUACUUACCUUCGGAGGUUUCCCUCCACACAAGUUAGUGUGGGGCGCCAGAGUUCAUUGCUUAGCCACAUUCCUGAACCAACCAUUUUUAAUGAUGAUGAAGCAUUGGAUCAACAGACAUCAACUCCCCAAGAUAGAAAUGGUUCUGAUCUCAUGACAAACACAAUGGAAAUCAGAACAUAUCCUGAAGUUUCAGCUGUUUCAAAGUCGGCCUUUCAUCAUAACUUUGCUGUGUUGAUUAAUCUCAAGGCUCCUUCUCAUUCAGGGAGAAACCAAAGUGGAGCACCUUCAGUUGAGAAUUCUCGUGCUCCAAUUGACCUUGUCACCGUUCUUGAUGUGAGUGGUAGCAUGGCAGGUACCAAGCUUGCAUUGCUAAAGCGAGCUAUGAGUUUUGUCAUACAGAACCUGAGUUCUUCGGACCGGCUUUCGGUUGUUGCCUUCUCAUCUUCAGCCCGCCGUGUCUUUCCUCUUCAGAGGAUGACUGAUGCCGGACGGCAGCAGGCAUUGCAGGCUGUCAAUUCUUUGGUUCCAAAUGGUGGGACAAACAUUGCUGAAGGUUUAAAGAAAGGUGCGAAGGUUUUUGUUGACCGUAGGUGGAAGAAUCCGGUUGGUGGCAUGAUAUUGCUCUCUGAUGGGCAGGAUACCUACACAGGCAAUAGCAGGCCCCGUCUCGGAGCCAAUUACCGGUCACUUGUCCCCGACACCUUUCAACGCAACAACGACACUGGUUUGCACAUACCAGUUCAUGCAUUCGGCUUUGGCAUUGACCAUGAUGCUACUUCAAUGCACUCAAUCUCUGAGAUGUCUGGCGGAACAUUUUCUUUUAUUGAAGCCGAGGAUGUCAUUCAGGAUGCAUUUGCACAGUGUAUUGGGGGGCUCUUGAGCGUGGUGGCGCAGGAAUUACAGGUGGAAGUUGCGUGUGUUAACCCUCGCCUACAGCUUAGUUCGGUAAAAGCAGGAAGUUACGAAACUAGCCUGAUGGACAAUGCAAGAAUGGCUUCUAUCCAGGUAGGAGACUUGUACGCUGAAGAGGAAAGAAACUUUUUAGUCACACUCAAUGUUCCGGCUGAAACUUAUGGCGGUGACAUGUCAUUGUUGCUAGUUAGAGGCUCCUAUAGAGAGCCUAUCACAAAAGAAAUGGUGAAUUUAGAACCAACUCAAGUAAAGAUUGAGAGACCUGAUGUAGCAAGAGAAUUGGAUGUUUCAGUAGAAGUAGACCGGCAGCGAAACAGGCUGUACGCUGCGGAGGCAAUGGCGGAGGCUAGAGUUAAAGCUGAACGAAGUGACUUGGCUGGGGCUGUUUCGGUACUUGAGAACUGCCUUAAGGCAUUGUCAGAAACUGUUUCAUCACGAGCUGGUGAUCGGUUAUGUGUUGCACUUCUGGCUGAGUUAAAGGAGAUGCAGGAACGGAUGGCAAACAGGCGGGUGUACGAGGAAUCUGGGAGGGCCUAUGUGCUGUCUGGAUUGAGCUCGCAUUCGUGGCAAAGGGCCACCGCACGAGGUGAUUCCACAGAUAGCACCAGCCUUGUGCAAGCAUAUCAAACUCCUUCAAUGGUGGACAUGGUUAGCCGUUCCCAAACCAUGGUUUUUGGGGCUCCACUCUCCGCAGGACGCACCCUUAGGCCUGCUAAGUCAUACAACGGGAGGCAGAGAGGAAAGUGAUAGCUAUUUGGAAGAGUCUAGUGUUUCGAGACCUUUAGUAUUCAGUUUUCACCAUACCUUUAGAAUGGAGAAGAGAUGAUAUCACUAUGUCAUUCUGACUAGUGAUGUAUAUAAUUUUCUUUUCAGUUAAUUGUGAAUUAAUUGGAGAAGAGGGUAUAGAAAUGUAACAUUUCUUCAACGAAUUACAUAUAUCAUACAAUACACACUCCCCAUUCUUUUCAUA